AUGCCGCCUCCCAGCCAAGACAUGAGUUCACCCAAAGAGACUGGCUUUGAACUUUCAGAGUCAGCGAGACAAGAAGAGAACGGAGCCAUGAACACAGAGAGCACCGGGGCCGCUUCACCGAAUGGUGGUGAUUCAAGUGCCGUGCAACCACCGAGACGACGAAAGAAACAAUUCGCUGUAUCGACACGAUGGGAACAAGAGGUGGCGAGUCGCGGCCAACCGAGCGACAUGCAUAGCUACUUUUGCUGUUGUGCAAGACGGGUUGGCAACAUGUUUAUUCUACUGGAGUACGCAGAUGGAUCACCGAUCGUUGUGGCUGGGCCUUGUUGGCCAUUUUGUCUUCUGGUCACGGUGCCUCUGAUUCUGG